AUGACCCAUGCACGAGAGGCAGUUCAGAUAAUCACCCCAUCCGUUCUGCGUGCCCGCCACUUUGGGUUCAUACUUGAGAACGGUGUGAAGUGCGUCAUUGUUCAAGAUGAGAAUGCCAAGAUCCCUGCGGCCGCGAUGAGCAUUGGCGCCGGGAAGCUCAACGACCCGGAAUUUCUCCCUGGUCUGGCGCACUUCUGUGAGCACAUGCUCUUCAUUGGCACCGCCAAGUACCCCGGUGAAGACGAGUUUGAUGCCUACAUUGCCAAGAAUGGGGGCCACCACAACGCCUGGACCGCGGGCGGAACUACGAGUUACUACUUCACUGUGGCACAAGAUGCGUUGGAGGGGGCACUGGAGCGUUUUGUUGAGUUUUUCGUUGCCCCGAGUUUCACCCCCAGUGCCCUGUCGCGGGAGGUACAGGCGGUGCACAGUGAGGAUGAAAAGAACCACAGCGUGGAAUAUUGGCGUAUCGACGAACUUGAGAGCUCCCUGUUUGAUCCCCGACACCCAUGCCACCGCUACGGCAACGGCAACAUCACUACACUUCGGGACGAGCCUCAGGCGAAUAAUGUGGACAUCCGGGCCGAGUUGGUGAAGUUCUUUGACACGUAUUACGUCUCGGGAGCAGCUUGCCUGGCGGUGUACAGUGCGUUGCCACCGGAGGCGGUUCUUCGCAUUAUUGAGGCCCCGUUGGCGAAGAUGCGCGUGGGGGCACCCGCUGCCCGUCGAUUCCUGCCAACCGAAGACCCCCUGUUCGCCCCUGAGACGAGGGGAUUGUGGCUUAAUCUCCAAACCCUCAAGAAGAAGAGAACACUUCGUGUUCUUUGGCCUGUAAAGUCCUCGGCUGCUUCGUGGCGGUCAAUGCCGGGCGCGUACGUGUCCCAUGUUAUCGGGCACGAGUGUGGGUCGUCGGUACUUGGCGUCCUGCGACGCGAGCACAUGGCCACCGCGAUGGUUGUUGGGCCCCGCCGCGUAGAUGACGAUCACGAGGUACUUGUUGCGGAGAUGGAGCUGACGAUGCACGGCUUCAGGCGCAUCCUAGAUGUGAUAGAUAUCCUGUACCAGGGCAUUGGUCAGGCGUCCCGCGUGGACAAUGUGGUUUAUGCCCAGAUGAAGGCGGAGGCAAAGCUCGCCUUUGAGUCAUCCGACAUAUCUGGGGCCGCGGAUCACUGUGUCGCUCUGACGGGUUCCGCGAAUGAAGCAGAUCUGCAGCACUGCUGGAUCGCCGGGGAUGUGCUGCUCACUGACGACAUCGCCGCUGCGGAGGCGUACACGGCACAACUGACGCCUGAAAACGGCAUUGUGAUACUGGCGUGGGGAGAUAUGCCCUGCGACGGUGCGGAGCUGCCUAACUUCUCCACCGGCGCAGAAAAGGGCGUCGACGAGGGCGGUUGCGAGGAGGCAGAAGAGGCAGAAGAGGCAGAGGAGGCAGAGGAGGAGGCAGCGUUGGGUUUGUUUCACAGCCUGCCUGAGUUUGCGCAAGUCGCCUGCAACUCCGCCACACGCUUUCACAAGACGAAAUUUGCCAGGUGUCGCGUUCCUGCGGCGGUACUCGCAGGCUGGGCUGCCAGUCGCCGCGGGCCGCGGCACCCCGCGCUGGCGCUGCCGCCCGCCAACCCGUUCCUCGCGACGGAAUUCACGGUGUACGGGGGCGGUGACAGUCACGCCACCGUCGAAAAAUUUCACACCCGGUAUGGGGUGACGCUGGUGCGGAAGGACGAGGGGCACCACAGGUCGUUCAAGACGUCAACGUAUUGGAACCUGCUUUCCCCCUGCGCCUACGCCUCGCCAAGGAACCGGUACUACAUGCGUGUUUUGAAGGCCAUCUUGAGUGACGCCCUCGCUGAGGUGAGCUACUUUGGGUUGCUGGCGGCGAUUGAAAAUGACUUCCAACUGGGUGCAGGGGGCCUGCUUCUCGGCGCCACAGGUCCUCAGCACCGCAUUGUGGAGUUCCUCCUCGCCGUACUGGAGAAGUCGUUUACCUCCACCGUUCUUUGUGGUUCUGUGGAAAGGUACAGCAACUACGCAGAGGUGGAACUCAGAAGGCUUCAGAGCCUCAAGUCAAGACAGCCGUACAUGAUGGCAAUUGAUCGAUUCAUGAAGGCAACGAGUGUCAUUUUAUACACGUUUGAGGAGAUGAUUGAGGCCGCCGCUUCCGCGUCGUACUCGGAAUACCAAGCAUUUGUCAGGGAGUACCUGGCAACUGGCGUGUACUUUGAGUGCUGUGUUGCGGGAAAUGUGCCGUCGGUGGACUACGUUCAGCAUCGCCUGAUUGAAGCUGCGCAGGAGGUGCUCUCUCGCUUGAAUGUUCCACCCGCUUGUAGGGAAAGCAUCCCGCCAUUCCGCGACAAGUACGCCUUCCCCCGCGUCCCUUCCUCACCGCAUGCCUCGCCCGUGGACGUGCUGCUUUACCCUCCGUUUGAGGCGGCCAACCCCAACGUCGCGGUGCUGCUUGACUUCUACCUUGGCGAGGAGACCCCACUUCUUCGGGCCCUGUCUGACUGUACGCGGCAGCUGAUCUCUUCCAGUUUUUUUGCUGCCCUUCGCACGAGGGAGGCCCUCGGGUAUGUUGUUUUUGCAGAAUCCUCGCGGCUGGAGGGCACGGCACACCUGCAGUUUGUCGCCCAAAGCGCGCUGGAGGGAGUCGAUGGGGCGUACCUUCUCUCACGCAUCAUCGCCUUCUUGGCGGCGGUGGAAGAGAAGCUGGAGACGGUGUGCGAGGAGGCGGAGGUGAAAACGGUCGUGAAUGGCCUCAUCGAGCGGCGCCGGAAGCUGCCGAACUCCGUGGAAGAGGACGCGGCUGAUCUCCUCAACCGUCACCUGCAUCCCGUGGACUUUGCGUACAAGGAGCUCGAGAUUGAGGAGCUGAGGCAGCUGGACGCUGCAAAGGUGAAGGAUUUUUUCCGCACCCAGGUUGCCAAUUCCAGCACCGUCCGACGUGCACUGGCUGUUGUGGUUCACAACGCGGCAACGGCUGCGAAUGAUGCCCUUGACGUGGCUGAUGGGGAGUGCCACACGGUUGUUCUGCCCCCGCGGCGUCCCAACGAGGGGGGCGUGGAGAAGGGCGGCGAGUCAACGGAGUUUGUUCUCCAGUUGCCCGACUUUGUGUCCCCACCGAUGUCUAUAACCGUCAAAAAGCACGCCUCACCGGAAGAUUUCCACCGUGGCUUCCCAAUCGUUAGAGUUAGGCCGUUUUAG